AUAAAUCAUGUGAAAAUUGAUUCAGCGAUUUUUCGUUUGCACACGAAUGCAACAGUCAUUUUACUCGUCACAUUCUCUAUUGCUGUUACAACGCGACAGUAUGUAGGAAACCCAAUCGAUUGUGUUCAUACAAGAGACAUACCGGAAGAUGUUCUAAAUACUUAUUGUUGGAUACAUUCCACAUAUACUGUAGUCGAUGCAUUUAUGAAGAAGCAAGGUCAAGAAGUUCCGUUUCCCGGUGUCGACAACUCUCAGAGUCGUGGGCAAUUAACGAUAAAGCACACAAAAUAUUAUCAGUGGGUGGCGUUUACAUUAUUUUUUCAAAACGUAGGAAGUUUUGUGACCAAUGUCACAAAUGUUAAAGGAAAAUUCUUUAAUACUUAA